CUCCUCCUGCUCCUGGAAAGAGGUGAACGAGAGUUAGAGUUUGUGAGUUGAGCUUUAGUUUCGCUCUACCGCGGGGCAGAGGGUUUUUCCGGCGGAGGACAGAGCCCAUUCUCACCGCAGCCAACAUGUUGAAUAUGUGGAAAGUCCGGGAGCUGGUUGACAAAGCAACCAACAUGGUGAUGAACUACACUGAAAUAGAGUCUAAGGUCAGAGAAGCAACGAACGACGACCCCUGGGGACCCUCGGGGCAGCUCAUGAGUGAAAUCUCUCGUGCCACUUUUAUGUACGAGCAUUACCAGGAGGUGAUGGGCAUGCUUUGGAUCAGAAUGCUCAAGGAAAAUAGGAAGAACUGGAGAAGAGUUUACAAGUCCUUGUUGCUGCUCUCACAUCUGAUCAGAAAUGGGUCUGAGAGAGUUGUGACCAGCGCCAGAGAACAUCUGUUUGAUCUGAGGUCUUUAGAAAGCUACCAUUUUGUAGAUGAAAAUGGGAAGGAUCAAGGCACCAAUGUGCGUCACAAGGUCAAGGAGCUGGUGGAGUUUGUUCAGGAUGACGAACGGCUCAGAGAAGAAAGAAAAAAGGCCAAGAAAAAUCGCGACAAAUACGUGGGCGUAUCGUCAGACAGCAUGGGCUACAGAAGUUACUCUGGGGACCGGUAUGACUCCAGUGACAGAAAAAGCAAAUGGGACGAUGACUUCGAAAAUAAAUCGCAGUUUCCGUUUAGCGACAAAAUCGGAGAAAUCGGCGACAAGAUCGGCAGCACCAUCAACGACACCAUCAACACGUUCAGGAAGAAAGACAGAGACGACUCGCCAGACAGAUUCAGUGACCAUGAGGAGGACAGGAGGAGGCCUCACAAUGGCCAAUCGGCGAAAGAGUUUAAAGAUGAAGAGGAAACUGUUACCACAAAAAGUGUUCAAAUCGUUCAGGCCACAGAAACCACAGCCACGCGAAAGAAAGGUGUGCCGUCCAAAAAGGUGGACCUGGGAGCUGCAGCUCACUACAUGGGAGACAAGACCCCCGAGACCACGCCCAAACAGACACAAUCUGCAGCUCCACAGUCGUCCAGCUCUGCUCUAGGAGAUCUGCUCAUGGUGGACACAACACCGAGUCAGCCCGCUGCCACAGACUUUAUCGGUGGGAUCGGUGGGUUUGCUGACUUCACCUCGUCCACCGCUUCUGCCAGUCUCUCCACAAGCACAGCAGCGGCAGGGGGCUCCAGCAGUAAUGGCGACUUCGGAGAGUGGAACGCCUUCCCCGGGGGGCAGAUGCCAGCGGCGGUCCAGCCUGCAGAUAUGGGCGGGGCGGAUUUGUUCGGCACGACGCUCUCGGCUCCGCCCCCUGCAGCCCCCGCCGCCUCGGCCGCCCCCUCGGCAGACCUGUUUGACCUGAUGGGCCCCCCCCAGACCCUCACCGCGUCACAGAGUCUCAACUUCAGCAUGACACAGACCAUGACCACGACCAUGCUCCCACAGUCCCAGUCUCAGCCUUUCCAGAUAGGGGGCACUCUUGCGCCUGAGCCCAUGCAGCCCACAGGACCUGCUCAGGGGGCGGCUCCCAAAGCAGCGCUGCCCUCCACCUGGACCGACCACUCUGUGAACAUCAGCUUGGACUUCCUGGGACAGCAGCCCCCCAAGCAGGCACAGCCGAGCCUCAACUCCCUCCAAGGAAACCAGUCAUCACCGACCAUGCUGUCCCAGGGCUUUAGCGCCAUGAGCCUGGGACCAGCUCCCGUCAGACCCACGGGAGCUCCCAUGAUGCACCCGGGCGCUCAGAUGGGCAUGGGCAUGGGGAUGGGAAUGGGCAUGGCUCCGAACCCGGGCAUGAUGGGAAACAUGGGCAUGAACAUGGGCAUGCCUCACACGGGUAUGACCAUGGGGAUGCCCGCUGCGAUGACGAUGGGAGGAAUGGGGAUGUCCGUGAACCCCGCGAUGGUCCAACAGCCCAAACAAAUCGACGCCUUUGCCGAUUUUGCCAAUUUCGGAAAAUGAUGGAGCGGGGGAGGGCAGUGACUUUUGAAGGAUCGUCUCUCGCUCUCCGCCGCUGCCGCCACAGUGAGGGAUUGUCAUGAGCUACAAACAAAGAGUACUUGAAUAAUAUCGCCUUUGAUUUUACCAACGACCUCCGAUCUUGUUUUAAUGCUGCAUCUACAGUAACUGAAUGUGUGUUUGAACCAAUGAUUCAUCCGGCCUGAGAGGGGGCGCUAGAGACGUGUGCCGUGUUGGUUGACUGUGGAUGAAGGUGCCACUGUGAGAAUGUCCGCUUUGUAACCUCAAUCAUGUCAGAAUCACCCAUUGAAAACGUUAUACUUAGCUGUAAAACUCGUAUCUCUUUACAGUAGUACGGACGAUAUUAUCAGCCAUGUUAACGUGUAAUGAACAUCGGAAAGUUACCUCUUGUUUGUCCAUGUUCUUCCUGAAUUGUAAAUAGAAAUCAAAACCCCCGAUUAAAUAAUUUAUAAAUCCCCCGAGAGCCCGAAGUGACAAUGUAAAGAGCUGUAUCGUCAAAAAAAAUACGCCUUUUAUGUGUACAUAUAUCGAUGCACUCCAAAUACGACCUAUCCCCACCACCUUCAAAAUGUUUAUAGUUUUAACAGUUUAAGUUUUCCUCCUAAUUGCCUUAACUUUUAGACUAUAUAUUCAUUUAUAUAAAACGAAGAGAGAUAAUCUGUGAGAAUGGUACAGGGUUUUUGUGUAUUUGAGUACCUGUAAGCCUUUUCUUCAAAACCUUAAUGUGCAAUGUACAAACCAAAUGCGUUUGUAUUCGAUCUGAAGCCAUGUGUCCAGUUUUCUACAGAUAAGUGUGCGUUUAAUUCAGGUAUAAAUCUCACGAUCUUUUUGCCAUUCGAUCUUCAGGCCAGUGGAAAUGUCCAGGACCUGUCUGUGACCUAUCAGUGCCCAAAGUGGAACUCUUUUUCGAAAUACUGCCUGCUUUUCACCAAAUGACUUCAGACUGUUCAUUUUUUUAAAUUUGAUGUAUUUCAGAGGGAUGGGACAAGACGUGAUUUCCACAAGACGAGAUAAAACGAGAUUUUUUUUACAUUACUCUGAAUGUAAACCUUUUGCAAUUCCCAGUUUCUAAUUUUAUCCUUACAAUUUUUGAUUUUUUUUUUAAUGUGUUGUUGCCAUUCUUGUACAGAUUUCUGGAAAUAUAAAAGACGCAAUUCACCAACACUUAACCCUUUAACCCCCGAGUCGGUGAAGCCGGAAGCGCGUCCAUGAUCUUCCUUUUUGGAACGCCGCGGCUAGCAGGUUACAUAAGAGACGCAACCUCCUUUUGGUCCAAAUUAAAUACAAAAAAACGGAACUAAACUCACAAGUGGCAUUUUCGUCUCGCAAGAUCUUGGGGAAGGAGAUCUUGUCCCAUCCCUCGUAUUUACGUAGGUACAAAAUCUGUAACAAAAAUCCAAAAUGUUUAAAUGCUUCCUGCAGCAUUGGCACAAAACAGGGUAGUGUGCGAAGUGAUGGCAAACGUCAACGCAGACACGCCAUGUUUUUGGUAGUAAUCCAGUUCUACGCAAAUAACUAAGAGGAGUAAUGGGAAGGUACGAGACCAGCUGUACCGGAGUCAUUCACGGUAAAGAACAAGACAGAGGGGUCCAAACUACGGCCCAAGGGCUAAAUACGGCCCUCAGACGACAUUUUAUGGGCCGUCAAAUGAUCUGCUAAAUUUGCGUGAUAGUUUGAUAAUUCAGUGUUACUUUAUUUUAUUGAUCUAGCACAUUUAAAAUAACUUCAGCUGCUCAAAGUACUACACAUACUAAAGUACAGACUGUAAAGUGAAGUAAUUCUACCGCUGUAACCACAGUAACAUCACUUGGGCUUUGACACAGACGUAUACUUAAUGUUCCAAGCUUUUGAAACGUUUGCUGGCUCUCAAAGAUGUUUAAAAUAGAGAUAAAUAUGUCAGUUGGCCGCUAUAUCGAGCCGAUAUUGGGCCUUUUUAGCGUAUUGGAGAUCGGCCUUAUAUCUCCAGCGCAGACCGAUACUGUUUUGGUCGAUCUGCUGCUUUAAAAUCCACACUUUAACACUUAAAUUUAAAGAGAUAGCUGAACCAAAUGGCUCUUUUAUAGAUCUGUGGCUUUGGGAGAGUUUGUAGAAAGUUUAAAUGACAGAUUUUGGUGUAAAUAAUCAAAAUUUGUCCUAAAAAUAUCGGCAGAUCUAAUCGGCUGUCGUUUGCUUUGGAUUCUAAACAAUCAAUAUCAGCUUUGGAGAUGAAAAACCCUGGAUCUGUCGCUCUCUAGUGUAAAAUAAAAUGCACACCAACCUGAAUUACCUCCACGUCUGUGAAAAAUGAAUAAAUUUAAAAAGUUUGGACCCUAUGAACGGAUUCCUAUGAAAAAUCGCACUCCCACACUCCUGUUUAUGAUGCACUAUUUGGACUAAGUGCCUGACCCGUUUAUGUUCAUUUCUUUUGUUUCUUUGUGGCCUUUUGAGAAAUCCUCCGACGUUGAAGGGGGUCGGUAACAUAAAGUAGCCUAUCAUCAUCGUUUAAUCAUUUUAAUGACCAAAAUCAGUUUAUUUUUUUAAUAUCUAGCUUAUGUUUUGUGAGUUUUGAUUGUGGAGCUGGGGUAGUUACUGAAAACACUAGUGUAUAUGCAAAUCCUUCCAGAGAAUUAUCUUUUGCAUUAUGUAUCCAUUUUGAUUUACAAGAUUUAUUUACAACAUUAAACAGCUGAUUGAAAUUUGUUAA